AUGGCGCUCGGCGCACUGUUCGGGCCCAAGUUCACUAAGUAUGGCCGUCGAAAGACGAUGCUGUACAGCUUGGCGGUGUUAAUGGUAUUGUGCCUGCUUUCUGCAGUCGGCCUGCACUUGGCAGACAUUGUUGUGCUCCGCUUCUUAGUUGGCGUGUUUUGCGGGUUCUUCUGUUCGCUGGUGCCAAUCUACAUCAGCGAAGUUUCGCCAGCAGACAAGCGCGGCAAGUACGGCAUACUGCACCAGCUGUUCCUGACGUUCGGCAUUUUGCUGAGCUCGCUUAUCGCCGUGCCGCUGCCCGCGGCUUACCCCAUCGACAACGUGUACUCUGAAGCGCCCAUGUUCGUUUCGGUGUACUGGCGCGUCAACAUGGCAGCAUGCGUGCUGCCGUGCGUCAUCGCCUUCCUCUUGUUGUGGCUGUGCUUUGACUACGAAACUCCGUUCUACUACUACGACAAAGGACAACAGGAAGACGUGAAAAAACUGCUCGCGCUUAACUACUGCCGUCCGAACGUUGAGAAGGAGUACGCGGAUUUAGUGAACGCCGUCAAGAUGAACGAAAAUUUGGCGGCGAAGAAGGUCGGCUUGCUAGACGGCCUGCGCUCUGCAAGUUUCCGUACCGUAAUUCUUGUCGCAAUAGCGAUCAACAUCUCCCAGCAGUUAACGGGCAUCAACAUCUUCAUGACCAGCUCGAACGCGCUGUUUGUGUCCGCUGGUCUCUCUGGCGUGUGGCCGACUAUAGUGACGGUGCUCAUGAACGCGCUGAACAGUUUGAUGACCUUCGCGCCCGUGUACUUAAUAGAAAAGAAAGGGCGCAAAUGGCUGCUGGUUGCUGGUUCCAUUGGAAUCAUCGUUAGCGUGCUGCCGGCAACAGUGCUGUUUUGGCUGCUCGGCACGGAACAUAAAGCCAGUCAGAUUUUGGCCAUCGCAGGCUCGCUCUUGUUCAUCUGCUUCUUCGCAGCCACGUUCGGCGGCGUCGUGUGGGUGUACACGUUCGAGAUUUUCCCGGACGAGCUGCGCAUGAGUUGCGCGGGGGCAUGCGUCUCGAUCAACUGGCUGACGGGUAUUGUGCUGGUGUUCGUCGCGCAGUAUGUCGGCAUACGCACGAACUUCACGAUCUUCACGGUUCUAAACAUACUCGUGCUGGCGUUCUGCGUCUUGUGCAUCAAAGAAACAAAGGGAUUGCCGCUGGGCAAAUCUCCGUACAUUAAAGAGGCCGAGACGCCCGCAGCUAAAAUUUAA